CGUCGUCUCAUUCGGUUCUAGUAUCGAGAACUUCAGUUGUACAACGAGACUUCGUCGGAAGAUAUCUAAAAAAUUUUCUUCGGGUGUUUCAGUAGAGAAUCUUUUUGAAAAUAAAGUCAAAUUUGAAGUGUUCAGAGUAUCUGAAAUUGCAGGAAAGUGAGUUUUAUACGAUUUCUUCAGUGAGACACUAAAUUUGCUGGCAAAAUUCUUGCUAGUUGUAUCCGGAAAAUCGGUGAAAAUUUUACCCUUUCACGUUUUGAAUGGGAAUGAAGUUGAAUUAUAUUUCAAAAAGAGAGUCGUGAAGUUUUUAGGCUGAAUUGCGGAUUGUAGUGUCUAGGAUAAGAGCUAAUCUCUGUAGUUGUAGGUGUUUCGAAGAUACCGAACUGCUUCGAGGACAUUUUGAGGAUACGCUAAGAUUCCUGAAUAAAAAUUCCGGGCACGGAUUCUGAAAAGGACCUAUUACAAGUGAAGCUAAAAAUUGUGCAGUGAAUUCCAUGAUAAAUUUUAUCCAGAAAAGUGUAAACCGGGUCAUAUUUGCUCAUUCCCAAGCAAGGAGCACGUGUUUUUUGUGUACCUAAACAUUCUCGUGUUAGCACCAUAUUAGCGUAAUAUUUUACGGAAUCAUCGUAUUAAAUUCUACCGAAAAAAAUCUACGAACAACCUGAAUAAAAAAAAUUAAAGUGUGUCUAUAAUUACCCUAGAAUUCGACUAAACGGAAAUUCUGUACGGUAAAAUCGCGCGAGUCACGCGAAUAUCGUGUAAAGCAACCGUAAGGGCAUAUUUCAAAGGCCCCGUCUUCUCUUCUUGUGUUUGCUCAACACCACCCACCCCCUAAGCAUCUGAGGAAGAGAAAUAUCAACUGCGCUAAAUCACUGAACAGAAGGAACUGUUCAGUCUUCAUCGUCCUUUUUCAAUAUUAGUGCAAUAGCCACCGUCGGGUGUGGGCGAAUCUGCGCCCCGCCACCGGAUGAAGCAGCAUCAUGCAGCGGCAAGCAAGCUUUGAUUUCGAUACGGAACAAAAAGCCGGCACCCUGAAUUUCGCGUCCUUCCGCACAAGCUUCACGUCAAAUGUCAAUUACCUGAAACGAAGAAAUGACAAAAUAUGGAAUAAGUUUAGUUCGGGUGAUCUUUCAUCCGAAUGUGAUGACGUAGAUCCCAAAGAUUUGCCACCAGCGGCUCAUCCCCAGCAGCAAGCACCCCCGUUGCAACAACAGCCAUUGCCGCAAGGUGGUCCUCCAAACAUGCCUCCACCACCAGCUCCCGGUGCUCCCACACCACCUCAACCGACAACCGCUGCCCCAGAUUUAUCACUAAGCUUUGGUAAAGGUCCUGCUCGGGGUACCAGUGCGCCAGCUAGUCCAGCUAAGUCGCGUGAAAGUCUUUUGCAACGAGUUCAAAGUUUAACUGGUGCUGCCAGGGAUCAAGGUGCAUCGAUUAUAGGUGCUGCAGUUCAAAGUGCGACUAGGCCUGCAUUCAAUAAGGAUAAGUGUUUCACAUUGUUGGUUCUUGAUGACCAGAAUACAGACUGGUCCAAGUAUUUCAGAGGAAAGAGGCUUCACGGCGACUAUGAUAUUCGGGUCGAACAGGCUGAGUUUAAGGAAAUAUCACUUACAGCGAGUGGAGAAAGUGGUGUAGUGAUAUCAAUGGCCGUUUAUCGUGGUGGAACAAGGGUUGCACGUACUUUCCGACCAGAUUUUAUUUUAAUACGUCAACCACCCCGAGACGGAGCCAACGAUUACAGAUCAGCCUUGCUUGGACUAAAAUAUGGCGGAGUUCCCAGUAUCAAUUCCUUACAUUCGAUAUAUCAGUUUCAGGACAAACCAUGGGUUUUCUCGCAUCUUCUACAAUUACAACGACGCCACGGAAAAGAGAACUUCCCCUUGAUCGAACAAACCUAUUUUCCAAGCCCGAAAGAUUUGUUCAGCUGGGCCAAAUUCCCAUGUGUACUGAAAGCUGGACACUGUCACGGCGGAGUAGCUACAGCUCGAUUGGAUAAUCAAAGUGCUCUCCAGGAUGCCGCCGGCCUUGUAACUGGAUCUGUGGUCAACGAAACGCAAUGCUAUUGCACGAUCGAGCCCUACAUCGAUGCUAAAUUUGAUGUUCAUAUUCAGAAAAUUGGAAACAACUACAAAGCGUUCAUGCGUAAAUCAAUUUCAGGCAAUUGGAAAACCAACCAAGGUUCAGCGAUGCUUGAACAAAUUACCAUGACGGAAAAGUACAAGCACUGGGUAGACGAGGUGUCCGAGCUCUUUGGAGGUAUGGAAGUAUGCGGUCUUAAUAUCAUAGUUGGAAAAGAUGGCCGAGAGCACAUCCUAAGCGCUUCAGAUAGCACGUUCCAACUAAUGGGAGAUACUCAAGAAGACGAUAGACGCCACAUUGCUGAUUUGGUUACGUCUAGAAUGCAACAUGUAUGCCGGCCGCCAAUGUCGAAGACAACCUCACGAACUUCGAUGUCAUCACGCGGCGGAAGUCCCACUGAGGAAACACCACCGGCCCCAGCAGGACCACGUCCUGCACCUAUGGGAGGACCACCACCAAUCCCUGAAAGGACUUCACCAGCCGUCGGGUCAAUUGGCCGCUUGAGUAAUCGAAACAGUAUCUCAGAUGCAACUGAUGAACCACCAUCAGAUAAAGCUCCAACAUUAGGAUCGUCUGGUCGACGAGAUUCACAAGCAUCUGAAACAUCUCAAGUUUCAACUGGAUCACGUGCAUCUCAUCGACCACCACAAUCUCAAUCAUCAGUCAUCGAAGAUGCUGAAGAUACAAUGAAAAAUCUUCGUAAGACGUUCGCUGGGAUAUUUGGUGACAUGUAGGAAUUAGCAAAGAAAAAACGUGGUAGAACUACUAGUGACACUGGCACCUCAUAUACCGAUUCAAUUCAAAGUCAUACUCCAAAAUCAUCAGCUACUGCUUCAGAUAUUAGUAAAUCAAGCUCAGUUACAGCUUCUUCAGGUUCUUUGUAUAAAGACACCCCGAACCAUCAACAAACAAAACCAACAAACAGUGUUUUACCGUCAGUUGUGCCAGCGACCACUGUAACAACUAGUAGUUCUUCCAGCGUUUCUAAGGUAGAUUCCGUAGAGAGUAACGGCAGUAACUAUAGGCCAAUUACAAAUUUUAAACCACAAGAACGAGUCAACCCCUUUGAUAAGGAGAGUAAGACUGGUGUAUCUGUAGCAUCGUCGAAACCAUCAUCGUCUGUAGUAGCAACGACUACGCCUUCAUCCUCAGGUAUUUACAGAAAUUCCGUAACGUCAGAGAGCAACGGGUCGGCAACUUCGACUACAGCAAGAACCACCAAUGGUACGGCGAGGAAACUAAGCGAAAGCUCCUAUAAGGCUUCAACAGAAUCGAUCUCCUCGUAUUCCACAUCUUCCUCAAUAAUCAAGGAUGCUGAAGUAACAUCGGCCAGCGAAGUGCCAGCCUUCUCCACAUAUGGCAAGUAUUCUAGCAAGACCUCAGAGCCUAUUGUAGAAAGAACCCACGGCCAUACAGAUAGUAAAGGACAAAUGACGAGGAAGUUGUCUGAUGCCGAAAUCAUUUUCGGUUCCGAUCCUAGCGAUGUAAUUAGCUCCUCUCAUAAGGAUUACAGCACAUCUGGGGGCUCAGGAAGGCGUAGCUUCACCAGGUCUGGGGGCUCACUUUCAGAUGCUGAUAUAAUAUUUGGAACAUCCGCAGCUUCUCAUACGGAUAGAUUUGGCUCAACAAUGAAUGGACGUUCAGAUAGUACUCCAAAUCCUCCCCUUGCCAAGAGUAUGAGUGUUGCUUCAGACAGCAACGGACGAACCUCGAAUCCAGGCUAUCGCAUCUACGAGGGUAUUCAAAAUGCAGCUUUCCAAGACUUCGAUUCUCCAACGCGUAGUACUCCACCAGCUACCAAAGUAUCCCAAUCGUGGAAUAGAUACGGGGAUGACAGCGACCUAGACCUGAAGUAAGAAGAGUCAGAUGGCAGAGUGAAGGAACACAAAUAUUUAAAGGAGAAUAUAUUGCGGCUUUUAUUAAUUUUAAACGCUAUUGGCGUGCGAUACAAUAAGAUACAGAAAAAGUAAAAUUACAACAGCAACACCACGGACAAUGUUUGUUGGUUCGCUUUUGGAUCCUCGGAAAAUUGUCUGAUGUGAUAUAUACAAUUCAUGUUAGUUGAAGAAAAAAAAAAUUGUGUAUUGCAUACAUUAUUAACCUAUCCUAGUCACUCACUCAUAUACCCACACGCAUACACACCAGAAUGUAGUAGUUAUAUUUGCGCAUUUAUCAUCUACUUAUAUGUAGGCACAGAAUGUGUAGUGAAAUAAUGCUAGAAUAGUCUGCCUCCAGAGUUUCUAGGUUUCAUGAUUGACAUUUUUUGUGGACCUUUCGUUUGACUGUUGUCGAUUUUUUUUCAGUUUAAGGUCCUUUAUCAUUCGAGAGCUUUUUAUCGGCUUAUAUCAGUUGCAUAUACUUCGAAACAUGUUUGUAUUAUAUUGUAAGGGUGCCCUGGUGCCAGACAUACCGAAAAAGGACUAGUUGCAAAAUUGUUCACCAUCGAUAGCACUCAGUUGGUUUCGGAGCAGGUUCCUCAGUGUUUCGUGACUUAUCGUGUGAGUGCUUUGGUUUCUCUAAACUUCUGAAUGACCUUAUGGUGCUCCCCCUUAAUUAGUUUCACUGGACUCAAACAGAAUUCUUCUCGCGGAUCCAUAAUUUUUCCAGCCUACCGAAUGCGAAUCCUGAACUUCACUGCGCAACGGAAAAAUAUUGCCGAUGGAAUUCUAUCCAAGGUCAAAAUCGGUAUGAAAAUCAGUUGACGCAUUAAUGUAUGUAUGUCAAGAGGAGCAAUUUUGCCGAAAUUAAUUUGAUAAUGAAGGCUUACACCGAAAUCAAUAUUUAAUCUUUUUGAGCGGGUCGAAUUUAAGUACAUGAAGCUCCAGAAUAUAGGGGAUGAACAACUUUAAACGCGUUAACUCUCACUGGCCCAUAUUUCAGAACCGUAGAAAACUGCCUAAUCUACUCUCGUUACCAAUCGACCCUUAGUGAAUACGGGACCUCCGGCAUUGGUCAUUAGCUGGCUUACCGCAAAUAUUCCAGUUGCAGCCUUAACGCAGUAUCCCGAGACUACUUGAGGGACAUCAUCUUCGAAAAUGUCAUUAUGCCGAAUUGGACUCAACCAUGUUCUGACCAGCUCUUAUAGGACGGAUCGCGGUUUUCUCCAGAACUAUAAAGGAUUCACAAGUAUUCCUUCAUCUACUAAUUUUCUACAUGGCUAUUUUCAGUGUACACUAAUAUCGUGUGACCGAAGGUUUGGCAAAUAGUACUGAAACAUCAUGUGCAUAUUGGAUACGGUGUGCGAUUUUUAUAAUAGGCAUCCCAUAUGGUAGAUCGCCAUGUGAGAAGUCUUAAGAAUAGGACGAAGCAUAGAUAUUUUAUUCGUCCCCAAUGUGAGCUCCCAUCACCGUUGUCCUUCUCGAAUCUCGUAAAAAUAGGUGCGACCCCCUAGGUAGUCCCUCAAUACCCGCAAACUUUCUUGAGGUUGCCUGGGACUGAUUUUACUAGUGUCCAUUUCUAGAUAGAAUCGGGAAAUUCUCAUCAUCAACAGGAUUUUCCAUUAACCAAUACCCUGUGGAAUCGACCAUUAUCCUGUAAGCAUUCGCACGUGCUGGGCUGAUAAGUUGGCUGACAUGUUUGGACUUUCUUGCGCGAGGCCAAAUAUUUCUCGACUGACAACCAGUAGAAGAUAAAUAGUGGGAGUAAGUUACAUUCUUCAUGGAAGCUAGCGGAAUAGAUACUUUAUUCACCGAAGGGCUGUCAAGAAUGGAAUCAUUCAUUCCCCUCUAGUUGUCAAAAAAUACAGUUUAAAGGAUAAGCCAACUCUGACAAUCAGUCGAAAUAACUAACUAACGCGCAUCUCACAAUUGGCUUAAAACAAGCGGGUUUAGUCUGGAAGACUCUUCUCUUCGGAAACUGACUCUAGUUCUGAGAAAACUCCCACCAGGACUGACCUUCCAUUAUUUUUCAAAGCUAUUUCGGGAAAGCUAUCCAGGCAUUCUUGACCCUUUGUUCACUGUUUGCUCUGAGUUUUAGCAUUACGUACGAUACCCUUGGACGGCCCAAUUUCAUUCAAUAUCCACGAGGCCUUUGAGGCUAAGAUUAUUCAAUUGUUUAAUGAAAUCGUGGGGAAGAUAUUCGCAACAUAUAAAAUGGUGCAUCCAUCAUAUUCCAUAGUUAUCUAAUCCUUACGAGUGAUCACUGACUACCUAAGGUCGUCUGAAUUUCCAAAUCCAUGGAAAGCAACUCAAAACUUGACUGAGGCAACAUUGGCGGUGAUUUCAGAAUUUCUUGACGCCAUCUGGACCGAACUGACAACUGGGAGAUGACAAGCUAUACCAGGAAUAGUUGCCACGACUGUGAACCUGACAGAAGCUAAAAAAGAUAGGAGGAAGGAAAAAUUGUUAAACACUUCCUAUAAAUUUAGGAAGGCUGCUAAGUUACAUACACUGCUUGCCAUACAUCGCCAGCGUAAUGCAUGUUGCCUCAUGAAGAGAAAUUUUUAGAAAUCUAUCUGUGAAAUAGGCUUACCGCGAAUCGCCCUUUUUAGUAGGGUAUGUGAAUGCGUUUACGCACAGAGUGUUAACUUUCAGCAAACUAGAGAACUAGCCUGAAACAAUUUGAAACAUCAUUUCGGGUUAGCUCUCCCGCUAUCCGGUCUUAGGGAGCCUUCAAAUUAAGGAAUUCCUUUCAUCACCGGGAGGUAAGAGGAGGAAGGGCAUGGUUAGUUCAAAGAACUGUUGCCAUCCGGUGGAGCUAAAUUUUCUUCGUAACAAGAAGAACUUGAUAAUGGGCACACGACACCAUGUGCCAGCGCUCCUCAGCCUUUCUCUGAAAACGUUGACUGGGCGAUAGCUCUCCUGCAUAAAGUCGCUAACGAAUCCCAUCCCACUAUCUAUAGCAGAAAAAGGUGUGGUCGGUGUCGUCCACUAUUCCACCAUUCUUUCCAAAACACAUAGUCAGGGGAUCGUGACGCGCAGUCUAUCUGUCUCUUGACUCACUUUGCCGAGAGAGUUGCGUUUUGCGUACGAUGCCAUUCUUUACCAACAACCUGUAGAUGGUUUUACGUUCCUUACCAAGGAGUACAACGGGGAUUACGCCAGCGCUCACCACUACGGCGUCAUCAUAUGCCGACUUAAGGCCGAUAUUCCAGAUAUGCCCUUGUACGCUACUGCUUUGAUUUGUUGUAAAAAGCUCAUCUUUAAGUCGAGCGUUAAACCAAGAUUCUUAAUCAUUGGUUUUGACUAUAAUCAACCGGCUGACUGAAAUGGGAUGCAGGGUCAGGAUUCUCGUUUUGGUCAAAAUUAGUACUUCGGUUUGUCCAAUGCAAGGUUGAAACCAUGAAGAAUCAUCCAUUUGCAAACUCGCCGCGGCAAUAUGUCAAGUCUAAUUCAAGCCUGUUCAACAGUGCAACCGACCAAGUGCGACUCUUCUGAUCACCGAUCUCCUUUAACCUUCUAGCGUCUCAUUGAGCAGCAAGUGGUCUUUCAGAUAAUUCUUUAAUGUACGCAAGCAUUACGAGGGACAUUCCCGCCGAGAUCGGUGGCUGUGUGCCUGAGCUCAAUGAACCGCUUCCACGACCUCGAUACUCUGAAACCGAACUGCCUUGUGGAUAAGACACUACUGGAAUAUGGGUUUUUGAAUCACUUCCCCGACCGUGUCAAGUAUACAGAUUGGUCAGUGUACAAAAGGCAGCUCAAGGUCUCCUUUCCAUUUCCCUUGCCACCUUCCAGCGGGAAGGCAAAAUGCCCUCCUUCAGGCACGCGUUGAAUGCCCCGAGCAUUAGGUUUGGUCGAUGGCCAAGCACCAGUUUAAUGACUUCUGACGAGAUACUGUCCGGAUAUGACGCCUCCUUCUCAUUAUGAAAGACCUCAUAAUGCAAAGCGGGCGAUUUUCGACGACUUCCGCCCUAUUGGUAUCAGCCCGUACGGGAUGUUUAGGGAAUUACUCGGUUCAUCUGGUCGGCAUUAAAUAUGGAGGGUUCCCGCAGAGCCCCGAUUAUUCGGACGGCAGAUUUAUAACCGAGUCUGGAUCCCUAUUUACCUGGUCGGUUAAUUCCUGCCAGUAGCGAUCUGUGCUUAGUCUUAAAUUUGGAAAUUUGGGUUGAGCUCUAUGGGGCAUGCAUAAAUAAGGGUGAUUCACAUGAAAACCUUUGUGGUCUCAUAUCUGACUGUUUUAGGCUUGAGAGUUACUCGUAUGCAUGAUCCGGUAAACCCCCAUGUUGGACUAAUUUUGGCAAGGGAACUACUCGUUCGCAUCUGGAGGUGUCUGGCACGUUCCCGAAGGAGUACUCAUCCGGUAAAUCCCCAUUUGCUGCACAACCCCUAUUAUUGUGCUGUUUUGCUAAGAAAUUGAUCAAGCUUGGAUAUUUUUUCGUAAGCAAAUCAAAUACCAUAAGUUUUGUGGGAUGUCGUGUUAAUAGGUAAGGAUACUUCGCAAAUCCUAGCAAAUGAAGUAAUUUCCGAGUAUUGUGUAUUUUCAAUUGAUAAAUAUGCAAAGGGUAGAACGGUUUUCAGCUUGUAGUUACUGUCUCCCAUGGACAACACUUUUCGCAUUCGCUCCUCAAGAUGAAUAUGUAGCUUGUCCCCGGGUUCGCCGGUGCUUCAGUUUAGUAUUGUUUCGAUAUCACCUGGAUCUCAACUGGGAACGCAAAUAAUUGAGGAGGCUGACUGGCUGAUAUUCGCUACCAAUCGUACUUCCUUAGCAAUAGUGGUUGUCGAUAAUAUAUGUGCAUAGGAUUUUUGCAUGAACAUAUAACAAGAACAGUUCAAAGUUCGUUCGAGAACUAUGGAGUUAUCCUUUUAAAAACGAGCUGAACGGAGGGCAUUCUUCCGACUUGUUCAUUAUCUUGAGGUGCAGAUAGUUCCAUGCCGGUCAUAAGCAAUGUCGGCAUGAUUUCCCGUUCCCUUGGCAGCUCACGAAGCAAAGCGGCCAGGGGGGCUUUACAAUUCAUCCUGGCAAGUCAAAGCACUCGCUAUCCUUGGAAAUUCCUUUAAACUUAUCAAAGAAAUUCUAACUAGGUAAUUGAAUAUUCCCUUCCUUUCGGGAAGCAUUGAAUACCUCCUAAGGACUCCUGUGAUGCGUUUAAUCCGGUUACGCUCUGGAGACUGAGGACAUCACAUCCGCACUCCUGAAAGUACCUAUGAUUUUUAAAGCGUUCAAACUCUUUCUUGUGCAUUACAUCCUGGUAAAGUUUUAGAUGACAGCCCAGAAAGACUGCAGGGUUCAUACCUAUUGUGGCAAGUAAAUACGAUAAGGAAUAUCUCUUCUAUCUGACUGACCUGAGUAUUGGGUGAAUAGUGGUGGAAUGCUCACUUUUGGUCGAGAUUCAAUCAAGGUAACCUCGCCAGAAAAGCUUCCCUAAUAUGUCCGAUAAUACUACAAGUCUGUGGAUUGCGCAGCGUUGAUGUGAUGGCCGUAUGAGUUUUAUAUCUGAGACUUUAAUGGCUCAUGCCAGAUGAAUGACAGCCUUUGACUUCUAUAGUAGAGCCGAUUUGCUAAUUCUUAGAGAAAAAUUAAAUGGUCUAUAUCAACCUUGGGGUCAGGUCCCUUACAAAAAUUUGGAGAGCUUUUGUGUUGAAAGUUGAAACUAUCCGGAAAGGAAUUUUUUGGCACCAACAAUUUAGAGAACAAAUAAACUUAAGACCAACUUGUUUUGGAGGGGGGGGGGGGGGACACAACCACUACUCGAGCACUUCUCUGUCGCUGGUGGCAUCAAAAAUGUCCUUUCGCUAAGGACAAAGUAGAAGCAAGUAAACUUGGUAAGUUGCUGCUUAAGUGGCUUAACUAGAUGAGAUACUUUGAAAUCUUUGUACUGGUCUAUGCCAAGUGUACGAUUUCCUCUGGUGUCUUUACUGACUUUGGGUACCGCCACUUGGAAGGAAGAAGUUCAAAAGAUCUCUCCCAUUUUUGGGGAGAACAGUCCUUCAAAGGCAUACGGAAGAGAAGUUUCACUAAGUAGGAUCGGGUAGGGAGAGCAAAAUGAAAAAUAACCGUGAUUGCCGCCUGACUAAACGGGUUUAGUGAUUAGGAAUUAAAAAUUGGCUUCCAUUAUAGACUCUAUUAUCAGAAUCUAAUAUAAAAUACCCGCUAAGUUAGAACAGCUUUUGGGGGCUUCCUAGGAAUGCGUCAAUACUGGUUAGGACCUAACAGAAAAUCGGCUUCGUGAGUAGAACGGGGUAGUCCAAAUGUGUGCAGGUCAAUUGGUGAACUGAAAACCACGGACUUUGUUUAUUGGUUCGGGAAGCUUCUCUGUGUUAUUGAUGGUUGCUUCCUGGGUAGAUACUGCCUUACUUCUGCCUUAGGAUCCCCGUUGGUUGGUUGAAAAUGUUAGCCAAGUGUUAUUUGAUCCCUUUCAUUCGUACGUAAAUAUAUAAAUAUCAAUAUAAAUUUCGUUGAACGAAACCUGGCUAGCCCAAAUUCUAUCUGGCCUAUGCACGCUGAUCUCAGGACAGACGUAAGGUAAUGUCAGAUGUGUUGCCUCUGCACUGAAAUUUUGGAAGACAGUUUCACAGUCAUCAAGUGUAUGUGAGCGCAAGACAAUUAUUCGUACCCUCAAUGGUUUUGAUAAGGAUAGAGCGGAUGGGAAUCGACCCGUUGUGUAGAAUGUGGCGGUUCCUGGUUUUAGAAAGGGUUUUAAGAAAAUCCUCAAAGUUUACAUUUGGAAUAAAAACUUUGGGAGACCUGAAGGAAGUCCUCAACAAGGAUAUUUGCUUUUUCAAAGUGCGAGUUGUUUUGCCCUAGGUCCAGUCCCAAUCGUUUAAUUUCCCUAAUCUAGAAAAGAAAGUUCUUAAAUUUAGCUCUAUAUAAGCUCCGUGCUUUUUAUUGUACUUAGUAUAUCCAAUCCAUACUGUUUCCCGGAUCGAAAUGCGAAGGUUGAACAUUCAAAUCCCCUGAGUUUAUAAUUCAGAGGUGGAAUUAGCCACUGGACAAUCUAUGCCGAUGGGCUUUUUCUUGUCUUUAAUACUCCGAAAGAUAACAUUAGAGGUGAAGUUAGUUUGUGAUAAAUAAGGGUGCAUCAAGAGGUCAUUUCAGUGUAUGCAUUUCGGACGAUAUCAGCGAAUGACUUACAAUCAACGCGAGUUCGCAGCGCAGUUUGCUUUAUCCUGGGAUGAAAAGAGAUGAAGCAGAGCAGAGGACGCAGGUGCCGGGGUCAUUGUUGCAAGAAAAACGUACUUUGGACGAAUGGGUAAGUACAUUAGCAUAUUCUAGACGGAAUGAUGAUAUACCUCGUUAUACUUCGAACGGAACUACAUGGAGCAGAUCAUUGCUAUUUUAACAGACAGACAAGUAACUAUUAAUGCUCUUAGUAGGUCUAACCAGGUGAAUUCCAAACAGAUAUAAAAAUGCCUAACAGAUACAAGACCCUCGAUUAAUAGGGUCUGAAUGCUCUGACUUCCAGGCUACAUUAGAAUAGAAGGCAAUGGGACGACGGAUGACAGGUAGACACACUUGGCAAUAGUGCACAUAACAAAGUUCCAGUCAGUUAUAGGUUUAAACGAUAUACUAUAGCUUGAUGCUACCACUGCCUCUUGAGUUCUCCUUGUAGCUUUUAAAGUGACGUCGACAGCACGUGGUUUUCAGGCAGGAACUCUGAAGAACAUACAUAUUUUAAAUUGCGAUUGAGAUUGACGCUAGCUCUUGGCUUUUCGCAAGAAAACUCCCAAAUUACCUCUUUGCAGACCACGACUCUGCUCGGUAGGCACAGGGUUUUUGAAGCAGCACUACUCCAAUGCUGUCAUUGUGAAUUAGUGCUGGCCGUUGGUCACAUUAACUUUUUGAUCUAUUCUCCAAUGCUGGAGUAUUAUUCUCCUCAUCCUACAUAGCACUUCCUUCGUCUCGCUGUUCGCAUUGAGCCUUAGAAGAUCAAAGUUUUGGUUGCCCAGCUUCUCCUCUUCAGUGAGCAACGGAUCCGUUUCUCUACUUCGUCUCCCCCUUUCAGUCUCUAUGACCUGCUCGAUUCCUUCAAGAAUCUCUGUUGGUUUUCCACAAGAUGUGUCUUUCGAAGUAUCUCCCCUUGGACUCUCCAUGUGAACAUCCACAUGUAUAUUGCCAAAUCUGUAAUUAAUAAGGCAGCUACGGUAUUUUGUUACCUCCAAGAUCAUGAGGAGUUUGUAUUUGACCUCUUCCUUCUAAAUACUCUUCAUAAUCGCGUGUAGAGAUUAAAGUUCUCCUUCGCGCAGUCUGUCUCUGGUCAAAAUGGUGAACACGCCUGCCUUGCUCGUUUCUACGCGAAUUUGCAUGACAACGGGUUUUUCGACGAUUUCCUGCCCCUCACGAGUGAAUGUUUACUCCAGAAAUAAUUUUGACAUUAUGGCCUAUCCAAUGUCCUUCAUCGCAUAGCUAACGGCAGGCUCCCUGGCUCCUACCUUCGCCCACGACCUAAACGCGGUUUCCUUCCUCUUGGGUUUGGUUUUAGGUUUCUUGGGAGUAUUUCUCUCUUGUGGGCUGAUAUCCGCUGCUCCGCUUUUCAUUGGUUUCAUUGUUGAAGAGUUGUGCCUGCGUAAGCUUCCAUUCCAGGCUUUUCUACAAAUAGCGCAGGUAUCAUUUAGUACCAGCGCUAUUAAGUUCUGUCUCCUUUCUGAUGUCUAAUAUACUGACCUACUUUUCCAUAUACCAUGUAGCCCUUGUUGGUUGCAGUCAUCACAGUAGGUCACCGUUGACUUUGGCUCCACUGCUUAACCUUCCAACUCUUGGGUCUAGUCAGAUGGUUCUCAGUAUUGUGGAGAUGUGCCUCCGCCUGAUGGACUAGUUUGUUUACGGUGGGUAUCCGGCUUGUUUGCAGUUAGUUCUUUUAUUUUUAUUCUUUUCUGAUCAUAUACUCAUAUGGUUCCCACGAGUAUGGAGGUUAGGAGGCCCGCCGUACCCCGAGGCACGGCAAGGUUAAUUUUACUCACUGAGGUGAAAAGAUAUCAAUGAGGCUCCGUUCGAAUACAAUCAGUUACCCCAAACUGCAAAUUAUCCAAUGGGCACGGUACAUAACACCCUGGAUUGGGAGGAGUGUUUUUCGACUCCUCACUCUUGAUUCGUUUUGCUAAUAGCAGGGUCACCUUGUGCAGAAAGUAGCCCCCCCCCCCCCACCAACUUAUGGUCUUGGCAGACAAGGGGUUUGGUUCUUGGGGAGCUACAGAAUCAUUCUUUGAUUUCAUUAUUAACGCAAAUCAAUCGGAGUGUAACAGGGGCAGUACACAACAUUCCUUUUUCCCAGCUCGGAGAACUGUAAUAGUUGGGACGAUGUGCUUGAUAUCACCCACCCUACUAACCGCCAAUGUGAGGCGUGUCUGGCAAGAGAUCAGAUUACAGUUGUAUACUUUUCAGUCUGGAUUUCGCCGCAGAGGUCCCAUUCAGAGACCUCAAGGGGAUCGACUGGAGGAAAUUUCGUCAAGUUAUCAAGAAGAAACCUUCCAGUGUGCAAAUUGGUAUGAUUAGCAUGACAAACGAACUGGACUCAAAGAUGGGGACUCUAGAAAAGGCAUUCGAAACUGCCCUCAAAGUUCCUUGCCCUGCUAAAUAUAAUACAACAAGAAUAUAUUGCCACAGUGGUAGAAUGAAGAUCUGUCCAGCCCUAGCAAUCUGGCUAGAGGGAUCUGUAAAGGGGCAAACAUUAAGAGCUAUACAAGGACUGCCUAAAGAAGUACUAGUUGUCCAUCAGGAGUGCCAAGGAGCGAUCCUGGUUAGAUUAUUGUCAGAACAUUGGAUACACCAGCGAAACAAUGAGACACAUAAGAACCCUUCCUUUUGUAAAAGGUGGAAAGGCGCCUGGGCGGAAUCUUCUGGUGAAAUCCUGGAACUGCUGGUUCUGACGCACUUCUCCGCCGGAGAUAUGUUGAGAGAGAGCUACAUUUCACAUCGGUCUACCCUGCAGUCCACUGCUUGAAAUAAAUUUUUUUAUCGGUUGAGUUGACUAAAAACUGUCUCGAUUUGCUGAUGGUGUUAAGCUCGACUUCAUAAUACUAUGUUGAACUCUUGCUGAGAAUAAUAUUCGAAGGAAGCAGGGUCGUGUUUUGAGUCUCUAAUGAUAGCUGAAUUGAAGGCUAUAAUCAAUCAUUCAUCGAACCAAACCGUUUGAGGGUCAUGAGAAAGGUUAAGAUUUUGAGAGAGAGUUAUCAAAUCGUCUAUGAAUAUCGUAAUUCAAUUAUCAGAUGGGUGGAUGAUCCUGGUAUAGAAUAACAUGUUUCGAUUAAUGCUUCAAUAAUUUUUGCAUAUAUUUUUUUUAUGUUGGACAUAAUAAAAAAAAAUAAACGGAGUGAAAUGGAGAUGUGAAAAUAUUUGACCUUUGCCUAUCCAACUCGUUACUCAAGUUUAUUCCUUCACAAAAAAAAUACCGUACAUUAUAAGACUUACACAUACAUAUAAACUAUAAUAAAAUUUAUUAAAUUGAAAAAUGGCAAUACCCACCUAGAAUAGAAACUAAGUAAGACGUUAAAUAUACAAAUUAUAAGAGUAUAAAUUCGAUUUCGUCUUUAAUUGAUAAAAUCUAUUUUAUUAUUAUUAUUUGAUUUAUCUAAAAAAAAGAUUUUGGAUUGUUAGCGCACAUGAAUGUUAUGUUUGAUUUAUGAUACUUUUGGACUUAAUUUUGUUAUUUAAUUAUUUAUUUGAAUAAAUAUCAGCGUAUCAGCGUAAUUUACGUAUAAAAUGGUAAUUAAUGAAGAGAAAAUUAUAUACUCCAAGUUAUGUAUGCCUAAGAAAUAUGAUUAAAAUAUAAAUUACAAUAAAAAAAAUGUUUAGCAAUUACAUACAUUAUACUAAAUGUUGAAAGAAAAUGAAACAUGAAAACAAAAUGAAUCUAUUAAAAAGGUUUUCCAAAAAUAACAAGAAUGAAACAAAAUAUUUUGGAGAUGAAUUGUUUUAAAUCUAUUUCCGAAUAUGAUAUUCGAAUGAAUGGUUUCCCAUCAUCUUUUUAGGAUUCCCAUAUAUCAUUGGAUUUAAAAUUUAGCUUUGGACCAAAGUAGAUGUUCUUGGGAAUAUAAGUCCUCAUUAAUAAUUUCCUUUUAUCAAUAAAAAGCUGUACAUGCCAAUGAUCUCAAUAAAUUUGCAUGAAAUUUUAGAUAAAUCUGUGUCACAUUCAAGAGGUAGCGGACAAGUAGAUGUUUUUACGGAAAAAAAUCACGAAAAAGAAAAAAGAAUGAAAUGGUAGGAUUCAGAAGCAGCCUUUCUAGCAUAGCUUUGGGAUGUGAGGUUUCAAAAUUGGAAGCAGAUUUUUCAAAAAUUAAUAUUAUUAUGAUGGGAUAAAUUGUGAGAUGCAAUUGCCACUAUUUUAUUUAUAAUAGGCUAUUGUGGGUUAUUAUAUUGGUUCAAUAUCUAAUGGUGAAAAAAAUAUUAUAAUAGAAAUAAAAUAAAUCAUUUCCAAAACUAAAGUAGAUUUAUAUAUCAUAAAAUGACAAUAUAAUGAAAAGAGAAAAAAUAUAUAAAUAAAUUACAUAUUUAUUGUUAAAAUAUGAAUAAAACAAAUUAAUUUAAUACAAAUGAUAUAACUAGAGAUAAAAUUCAAAGAAUAAAUAUUAAACUGAAUGGCUGCUUACGAAAUAGUUAUAAUAAUUGAAACUUACUUGGUCUUUUUUGUAAAUUAUUUUCUAAACUAUAAUUUCGUUCCCUAUAUAAUUAUUCAUUUGCUAUUUUUCUCACCUUGUCGCAUGUAUACUCAGUUCAGAUAGUUAAAUUUUAUGUAAGUAGCCGUUAAAACCAUUGAUAAUAAUAAAAGAAAAUUGUUUGAGCAAAGCGCACUAAGUAGAAAUGUAUAUUCACAGAAUGAAUGUUCUAAACUACUAAUCAUAAAAUUAAACGGCUUGUUCAUUGGGAUUUUGAAGAUGUGUUAGAAAAGAUGAUAAAAGUUGUUGCAAUUGGUGAGGAUGAAAUGGUUAAACAAUGCAGUUGAGUGUAUUAAUAAGUAAAGAAUUAUUAACACACAUAUUAUAGUAGGCAUUCGUGUUUCCCUUCCUUUUUUAACGAUAAUAGAAAUACAAUUAAACAGUAAAUAAAAGAUUAAAAUUACUAAUUUAAUUCCCUUAAUUUAUUCCAUUUAUUAUUUCCCGUAUUUUGUAGAAAAAAUGUUUUCAAAUAGAUUGAAAGCUUCUAAUCAAAAUUCAAACAAAAGUGCAAUAAAAUUUAUAUCUUUUCUACCACAUUAAAGAUGAUGCUAAAUCAUAGUAUCCAUCAAUAUCCAUAAACAAGCAUUGAAAAGGAAAUGUAACGUGAUAUAUUUUAUAUUUUCCACAAAAUGAAGAUGUAGUCAGUACCGUAUGUUAGAAAUAUCACUACAACGAACACAUAACCACUAGCUACAUAUACAUUCAAACCAAUCAAAGGAACAGGCAUGGCGUAACACAAAAAAAAAAACAAAAUAAAAUCGUGUACGCAUUCGAAUCAUCGAGUGGUCAAACAAUUAGUACAAUUCUGUUAUUUAUCAUUGCUGAUAUAUUUAUGAAUUAUAAGAAAAAUCAAAUCAACAUAUUAUUGUAAAUUACAUAUGAUUGCGAAUCUUAAUCGGUUGUACGUAUAUCUUCUCUAUAUCAAAUUGUAUAUUAUAGUAAGAUCCCUCGCUUUAAGCUAGUGCAACGCUUUGAGAGUUAAAUGGAACAGCAGAAAACAACAAAAUAUGUUUACAAUAAAUUUAAUCAACAAUAAUUAAAGACGCAUUAUUGUACUUUAAAAAUAUCCUAUUUAAAAUUAGAAAAAACAAAAACAGACAACAUAUAAGACGCAUAUAUAAAAUAUAUUCAUUAUAUUCUAAAUUCUAUCCAAUUGUAUUCUAUCCUAUAAAAGUUGACCCGCCUUUUGGGUUUUCUCUGAUGCAUUCUUGAGCAUGUUUGGUUGAUGUAGUUGCAUCCCCUAUCCUGCUAUCUGUCCAAUUUCAUCCUGAAUCUAAACACACACACAUCAUUUACCCAUACUAUCAUUACUACUCGUUUUUAUUUUAUCAUUUCCCUUCACUGUUCGUAUAAAAUUUCCUAUUUAAUGAAAUAAUGCAAAACAAAAUAAAAAAAAUUAAAACAAUUACGCUCCAUUUAUAUACAAAACAAUUUGGAUCUCGUUAAUGAAAUAUUAUUAAUUAUUAAAUUGUGCUAAUAAAAAAAAGGUGUUCCGCAAAAUGCAAGGAUUUAUGUAAAACAUAUUGAAUAAAGUGAAUCAAUUUAAAUAAAUGAAUACAGGAGAUAUGAUUCGUUCAAAAACGGGAAUAAUGUAUUAAUGAGAAGCAAACAAAUAUGUGUUGUAUAAGAAAAUUAUGAAAAUGAGUUAAAUAAAAUACAUACUUAAAAUGAAGGAUUUAGAGUUCA